GCAACGUCAGUUAGUAGUGUGAGAAACAGAGAAAGAGAGCUUCGAUAAUCGUGAAUAAUUUUGUGAGCAGUGCCAAACAUUACUGAGAAAAAAAACAACAACAAAACCAAAAAAUUCAGUGAAAUAUUCAGAGGAGGAAUAACACUUCAGCCGCAGAUCUGCACACAUUUUUGUGAGGUGUCUGAAGCAACAGCCGAAAGGAAGCGGAAACGAAGCCCGAAGCCAGUUCGUGGACGAACCGAAUGCCAUCGCCAUCGCCGCCGCCGUCGUCGUCGUCGUCGUCCUCCGUGUGGGUGUUUAUUUAACACAGUUCCUCGUGCGCCGCGCGUUCAGUUCGUGUCCGAAGUCCGUGCCGUACGCGCUCGCCUCCGACGACCGCCCCAACGCAAUCCGGCGAAAGCAGAGAUACAGUGACAGAGACGUAAACGUAACCGUAGAUAGUCAGGUGUCGCGUGUGAAAUGUGAAGAUCGGUGCACCCGUAAUCAAAUGUCGCUCAACGUUAACCGUGCUCAAGCUCCGCACUCACACGUCUCCCAAAUAGUGGACCAAUAGUGCACUCCGUACAGUAAUCCGCAACAAGCUCGAGUAACCCCCCCUCCAACAGAGAACUAUAUAGUGCAUCCAGAAGCAAGGAAGACAAUAUGUGCUCCAUGGGGAACCUGCGCCCCCAAGGCGCAGACACUGGCCGCAAUCGCCGCCGCCUGCACAGCAGCACCCAAAGCCCCCUCAAUCGCCUUAGCCGCCUCAGUGCUCUGCUCCUCGUCCUGGGCGCGCAAAUAAUUUAUGUGGAAUAUGCUCGGGCGGAUUAUGAGAACACUUGGAAUUUAUAUUACGAGCCGCCCUGUUGUUCGGGAACAGCUGCCGGCCAUCAUCUGCGCCACCACAAAGAUCACGUCAAAGACUUUAGCUGCGGACCGCUGCACUACAGAACCUUCUAUAUGGAUGAGCGCAACAAUGCCCUCUAUGUGGGCGCCAUGGAUCGGAUCUUUCGGCUGAAUCUGCGCAACAUAAGCCAAUCGAUAUGCGAGCGCGAUGUCCUCAUCCUGGAACCCACCGGCUCCGACAUUCUGAACUGCGUGUCCAAGGGGAAGCGGGAGGUGGAGUGCCGCAAUCACAUACGCGUCAUCCAGCCAAUGAACUUCAACGGGCAUCGACUCUAUGUGUGCGGCACGAAUGCCCACAAUCCCAAGGAUUACGUUAUAAAUGCAAACUUAACACAUUUACCCAGAUCCCAGUACGUGCCCGGCGUCGGCCUGGGCAUUGGCAAGUGUCCCUACGAUCCCGCUGACAACUCAACCGCCGUCUAUGUGGAGAACGGAAAUCCCUUUGGUUUGCCCGCGCUGUACGCCGGCACCAAUGCUGAAUUCACCAAGGCCGAUUCGGUUAUAUUCCGCUCGGAUCUCUACAAUCUGACCAACGGCCGCAAGGAGGCAAACUUCAAGCGAACGGUGAAAUAUGACUCCAAGCUACUGGACAAACCCAACUUUGUGGGCUCCUUUGAGAUUGGCGAGUUCGUGUACUUCUUCUUCCGCGAACAUGCCGUAGAGUACAUCAACUGCGGCAAGGAGGUCUACUCCCGCGUGGCACGCGUCUGCAAGAACGAUCGCGGCGGCAAGUACAUGAUCAGCCAGAACUGGGCCACGUAUCUGAAGGCCCGCAUGAACUGCAGCAUCUCCAGCGAGUUCCCCUUCUACUUCAACGAGAUCCAGUCGGUCUACAAGAUGCCCAGCGACGACAGCAAGUUCUAUGCCACCUUCACGACGAACACUAACGGUCUGAUUGGUUCCGCUGUCUGUAGCUAUGACAUCAGGGACAUAAAUGCGGCCUUCGAAGGAAAAUUCAAGGAGCAGGCCAGCUCAAACAGCGCCUGGCUGCCCGUACUCAACCAGAAAGUGCCGGAGCCACGUCCGGGCACAUGCCACAACGACACCGCCACACUGCCGGACUCCGUGUUGAAUUUCAUACGUAAACAUCCGCUAAUGGACAAGGCGGUCGAUCAUGAAUUUGGCAAUCCGGUCUUCUUCAAGCGAGACAUAAUACUCACCAAGCUGGUGGUGGACAAGAUACGCAUCGACAAGCUGAACCAGGAGUUUCUGGUGUACUUUGUGGCCACGAGCUCGGGGCAAAUCUACAAGAUAGUCCAGUUCAUGCACUACGGCCAGCGCCACUCGAAUCUAAUCGACAUCUUCGAGGCCUCGCCGCACAACGAACCCAUUCGCGAGCUGAUCCUCAGCCAGAAGACGGGCUCCCUCUACCUGGCCACCGAUCACCAGGUGAAGCAGAUCGACAUUGCCAUGUGCGCCCGCCGCUACGACAGCUGCUUCCGCUGUGUGGCCGAUCCGUACUGCGGCUGGGACCAGGAGGUGAAUGCCUGCCGGCCCUACCAGCUCGGACUCCUCCAGGACGUGGCCAACGAGACGUCGGGCAUCUGCGAUACGAGUGUGCUCCGCAAGCGCGUCACCUCCUCCUACGGCCAGACCCUGCACCUCUCGUGCUUCGUCAAGAUGCCAGAGGUGCUGAGGAAGAAGCAGACGCGAUGGUAUCAUCACUCCACCGAGAAGGGACGCUAUGAGGUACGCUACACGCCCACCAAAUACAUUGAAACGAACGAGGGCGGCCUGGUCCUGCUGGCGGUUAAUGAGGGCGACGGCGGCCGCUAUGAUAGCUACUUGGAUGGCACCCUGCUCUGCAGCUACGGGGUAACCGUGGACGCGCACAGAUGCUCGCCACCGUCGCAGAAGCAGGACUACCAGAAGAUCUACUCGCAUUGGUGCAACGAAUUCGAGAAAUACAAAUCGGCCAUGAAACAAUGGCAGGCCAAGCAGGAGCAAUGCGGCCUCAAGGACAAGGCAGGAUCCGUCGGCAGCAAUGGCAAACACGUUAACGAUGUGUUCAGCAACGAUGCCCUGGUCUGACCCAGAAAGUACUUAUACAGCUCUGAGUUCUUGUCGUCGUCAUCGUCGGAGGGGGGCGUGCCGCCCUCCCACCACAAGCUGUACAUUUUCGUGUUCGGGCUUGCCAUAUUUGCUCGUUUCUAAAGUUUCUAGUUAAAAUGUAAAUUUGGAGUGGAGAUGAAGCAAAACCAAACAAAGUAAGCAGAAGGAGACGGAGAGGAUGCCAGGAUGGGAAAAAUCAUGUGACAAGAGCCGAGCAGAAACCAACUACAAAGACUGAAAUUUUUAAGCUUUUAGCAACGACAAUAUUUCGGAUAAUUUCAAUGAGUUUUCUUUUACAACACUUUGAGUUACGUUUGCAUUUCCGUUUCCGUUCGUUUUGAGAUGUUGUCAGCGUCAAACAUUGAUUGAUUUCGACAUUAACUAACUGAUAUACAAAGAUGGAGUAAACGAUAAAAGUUACUAGCAAAAGGAUCCUGCCAUAAAUGAAAUGGAAAUUACGGUUUUACACACACUCACACACACACACACACAGAACACACUCUACGACACAGAGAAUCUCUAUAUCUAUUUCGAGCUAAGGUUAAGGAUACAGACCACCUAAAGUGAGAAUCUGACAAGUAUAUACAUACAUAGUUCACAUGACGAUGAUGAUGAUGAUCACUUUUAGCAUUGAUUUCCAUUUAGUUAUGUUUUCGAGAACUCGUCGCUUGGCCAUUUUGGGUUUUUGGGGUUGGGAAGAUCUUAAACGAAUUUGUAUAUUACUUAGCAAUAUUUGUUUAACUAAACAUAGACUAAGAUAUACCUAAACAUUACUAUAUAUAAAUGUAUAUGUAUGUUCUUGAAUAGCUGCCCAAUGUUUAGGUCAUAGACAAGUACGGAACCAACUUAUACCAUAGCCAAACACACACAAAAUAAACAGAAUCCAGGACGCACAGCAGAAACGUAAGGGAAAAGGUAAGGGAUUAAGGAUAGAGGAUAGUGGAUUAUGUUGAAUGUUGUAUAUAGUAGAACUGCUUUAGUCGUUAAGAUAACUAAUCAGGCAUUGAUUUGACGUUUCUACGAUUUGAUUUUGGUUUUGAACGAUUCGCUAUUUGGCAUUAACUCGCUCUUGUAUAGAUUGUGCGUUGGCCUAAUGUUUACGAUAAGCAAUACAUAUAGUUAUAUAUUAACAUCUAGGUAACGUCUAGUACUUACAUACAUACUUACAUACAUAGAUAUCGUACAUAAGGUUACUGGCAUUGAGACCAACAUGCUCAUGAGAUUACUUAACCCCUAGCUGUAGUUAAGUACUCGUACGUUUUACAGUAGCCACAAGGUAACUCUGACACACGACUCAAAUGCAUUUAGUAGGACACAUUAUGUAUUUAUGGCUAUGAGGCGGCAGGAGGAAGAAAAUUUGAGGAAAAUAGUUUCAAACUGCAUAAACCAUGGAAAAACUAAACGCUUCACAAAACAGUAAGCCCGAAGAGGUGCGCGUAUAGGAAAACAAAAUGAAAGGAUAACUAAUCCAUUAUCUUACACACACACACAGAAGGACACUCACACAAACAAUAUUUUUCUAAAGAUUUUCUCAGCAAAAUUUUUAAUGUUUCCCAACCGAAAAAUAGCAAUAACAUAACCAACAUUUUAUCGUUGCAUACUAAAAUAGCAUACUAAAACAAAAAACUAUGGAAAAUAUUUAAAAGCUACUAAUGCUCUGAGCUUCUAACUUUAAUGAAUCAAAUGAUUUUUUUGUUGCCUUCGGUAGAUUU